AAUCAUAGAAUAGUAGAGUUGGAAGAGACCUCAUGGCCCAUCCAGUCCAACCCCAUUCUGCCAAGAAGCAGGAAAUCGCAUUCAAAGCACCCCCGACAGAUGGCCAUCAAUACUGCCUCCUGAUGGGAGCAGAAGGGGGUGGGACUAGAUGGCCUUUGGGACUCUGCUGCAAGUGUGAGAAUGCAUUGAGUGUCUUUUUGGGCGUGAGUGUGAGAGAGAGAGGCUGUGUGCAAGCUCUGCCCCUUUCCCUUCCAAGGAGGCUCCGGAGGAAGAAGCAGAAUCCGCAGCUGCAUCGAUUCGGGGCUCUCUUCCUCCUCCUCUUGCUCAGGCGAUUCAUUGCCUUCGCUGCUGCUGCUGCUGCUCGGCUUGUGGCCGCGCGGGGAGCACGGGAGCCUUUCUCUCUCUCUCUCUUUCCUCGGCUUGCUCACCGCAGAGCCUCUGCAGAAGGAGCAGAAGAAGCCUCAGCAGCAGGCGCGAGAGAAGCAGCCCCAGCGCCAGGCUCAGCAUCAGGAGCCGGAGCCGGAGCAGGACCAUGACGAGGCGCCGCAGCCUCCCUCCCGACGGAGCCGGGCCCUGAGCGGCCCCCCGCGCCCCGUCCCCGGGGGUCCGAGACCCGCUCCCCGCCGCAGAGGAAGAGGCAGGCGCGGCCCGAGGGCAGCCCCCCCCCCCCCUCCGGAGCCAUGGCCCAGGCCGCCAAGCAGCUCAAGAAGAUCAAAGACAUCGAGGCGCAGGCCUUGCAGGAGCAGAAGGAGAAGGAGGAGUCCAACCGCAAGAGACGCAACCGCUCCCGGGACCGCAAGAAGAAGGCUGAUGCUGCGACAAGCUUCUUGCGGGCAGCGCGAUCUGGGAACCUGGACAAAGCCUUGGAUCACUUGAGGAAUGGAGUGGACAUCAACACCUGCAACCAGAAUGGGUUAAAUGCUUUGCACCUGGCCUCCAAGGAGGGGCAUGUGAAGAUGGUGGCGGAGUUGUUGCACAAGGAGAUUGUUCUGGAAACCACCACAAAGAAAGGGAACACGGCAUUGCACAUUGCUGCCCUUGCGGGGCAAGAAGACGUGGUGCGGGAACUGGUGAACUUCGGGGCAAAUGUCAAUGCACAGUCACAGAAAGGCUUCACGCCCCUGUAUAUGGCAGCACAGGAGAAUCACCUGGAAGUUGUCAAGUUCUUGCUCGAGAACGGCGCCAAUCAAAAUGUGGCUACGGAAGACGGCUUCACUCCGCUGGCUGUGGCUCUUCAGCAGGGCCACGAAAACGUUGUGGCCCACCUGAUUAACUACGGGACGAAAGGCAAAGUGCGCCUCCCGGCCCUGCACAUAGCCGCCCGCAACGACGACACGCGCACGGCUGCCGUCCUCCUACAGAACGACCCCAAUGCAGACGUCCUCUCUAAGACUGGUUUUACCCCGCUGCACAUUGCCGCCCACUACGAGAAUCUCAACGUCGCCCAGUUGUUGCUAAAUCGUGGUGCAAGUGUCAACUUCACUCCCCAGAACGGCAUCACCCCGCUGCACAUUGCCUCCCGUCGGGGGAACAUCAUCAUGGUGCGCCUCCUGCUUGACCGCGGGGCCCAAAUUGAGACUCGCACCAAGGACGAGCUGACGCCCUUGCACUGUGCUUCCAGGAAUGGACAUGUGCGAAUCGCUGAAAUCCUCCUGGACCAUGGUGCUCCCAUCCAAGCGAAGACCAAGAACGGCCUGUCCCCCAUCCACAUGGCCUCCCAGGGGGACCACCUGGACUGCGUGCGGCUCCUGCUGCAGUACAAUGCCGACAUUGACGACAUUACGCUGGACCACCUGACGCCGCUGCAUGUGGCUGCCCACUGUGGCCACCACCGGGUGGCCAAGGUCCUCCUGGACAAGGGAGCAAAGCCAAACGCACGGGCCCUGAACGGCUUCACCCCUCUGCACAUCGCCUGCAAGAAGAACCACAUCCGGGUGAUGGAGCUCCUCCUCAAGACGGGCGCCUCCAUCGAUGCCGUCACCGAGUCGGGCCUGACCCCUCUUCAUGUGGCCUCCUUCAUGGGGAAUCUUCCCAUUGUCAAGAUCCUUCUGCAACGUGGAGCGUCUCCCAAUGUUUCCAAUGUGAAGGUGGAAACGCCGCUCCACAUGGCAGCCAGGGCCGGGCACACCGAGGUGGCCAAGUACCUCCUCCAGAACAAGGCCAAAGUCAACGCCAAAGCAAAGGACGACCAGACCCCUCUCCACUGUGCGGCCCGUCUCGGGCACUGCAGCAUGGUCAAGCUCCUCCUGGAGAAUGGCGCCGACCCCAACCUGUCCACGACCGCCGGGCACACGCCGCUGCACAUCACUGCCCGCGAGGGUCACCUGGACUGCGCCUGCGCACUCCUGGAGAAGGAGGCUUCCCAGACAGUCAUGACCAAGAAAGGAUUUACCCCUCUUCACGUGGCUUCCAAAUACGGGAAAGUGGACGUGGCGGAAGUACUGCUGGAGCAUAACGCCCAGCCCAAUGCGGCUGGGAAGAACGGACUCACACCACUCCACGUGGCUGUGCAUCACAACAACCUGGACAUUGUGAAAGUGCUGCUGCCCAAAGGCGCCUCCCCGCACAGCGUGGCCUGGAACGGCUACACUCCUCUCCACAUCGCUGCCAGGCAGAACCAGAUGGAGGUGGCCAGCAGUCUUCUGCAAUACGGAGCCUCGGCCAACGCGGAGUCCACCCAAGGAGUGACCCCGCUCCACCUGGCCGCCCAGGAGGGCCACGCCGACAUGGUGCUGCUGCUCCUCUCCAAGCAAGCAAACGGCAACUUGGGCAACAAGAGCGGCCUCACCCCUCUCCACUUGGUGGCCCAGGAGGGACACGUCCAUGUGGCAGACGUCCUUCUCCGACACGGAGUCCGGGUGGAUGCGACAACGCGGAUGGGCUAUACACCACUCCAUGUGGCUUGCCAUUAUGGGAACAUCAAGCUUGUGAAAUUCCUGCUGCAGCACCAAGCAGAUGUCAACUCGAAGACCAAGCUGGGAUACACGCCACUGCACCAGGCGGCACAGCAGGGCCACACGGACAUCGUCACCCUUUUGCUCAAACACGGGGCCUCGCCCAACGAAGUCAGUUCGAAUGGAGCAACCCCUCUGGCCAUUGCCAAGCGACUGGGCUAUAUUUCGGUCACGGAUGUCCUCAAAAUUGUUACUGAGGAGACCAGCUUUGUGCCAUUGAGCGACAAGCACCGCAUGAGUUUCCCAGAGACGGUGGACGAAAUCCUGGACGUUUCCGAGGAUGAAGGCACGGCUCACGUAACUCUCCUGGAGAGGUCAAGGUGCAUUGAAAGAGGGGUUGCUACUCUGGUACAACAGCUCAGCCACCUUUGCCUCUGUUCAGAAGGGCUUGGAGAGGAAUUGCCUGGGCCCAAGUCCCACAAACGGGAAUAUCAGUAUCAGGACGACGAGAGGGAAAUCGUGGAGUUCGUCCCCAAACUGGAUCAUGCGAGGGAAGAGUCACCAGCGAUCCCACGGAUCCCUUGUGUCACACCGGAGACGGUACUGAUCCGGCCUGAGGAGCCAGAACAGCCUUCCAAGGAAUUUGACGAAGAGUCCCUCAUCCCAAGCAGCCCUGCUACGGAGACCUCCGACAACAUCAGUCCAGUGGCCAGCCCGGUCCACACAGGAUUCCUUGUAAGUUUCAUGGUGGAUGCUCGCGGGGGAUCAAUGCGGGGCAGCCGGCACAACGGCCUCCGGGUCAUCAUCCCACCCCGGACAUGCGCAGCACCCACACGCAUCACCUGCCGCCUGGUCAAGCCUCAGAAACUUCCAGCACCUCCGCCUCUGGCCGAGGAAGAAGGACUGGCCAGCAGGAUUAUUGCACUCGGCCCGGCCGGAGCACAGUUCCUCAGUCCUGUCAUUGUGGAAAUCCCUCACUUUGCUUCGCACGGGCGCGGGGACCGAGAGCUGGUCAUCCUGCGCAGCGAGAACGGCUCUGUGUGGAAGGAACACCGCAGCCGCUACGGAGAGAACUACCUGGACCAGGUCCUCAACGGGAUGGAUGAAGAGCUGGAGAGCCUCGAGGAACUGGAAAAGAAGAGGAUUUGCCGCAUCAUCACCACGGACUUCCCCCUCUACUUCGUGGUCAUGUCCCGCGUGUCCCAGGACUGUGAGCUGAUUGGUCCAGAAGGAGGCUCUUUGCAGAGCACAUUGGUGCCUUUGGUCCAGGCCACGUUCCCGGAAACAGCCGUCACCAAAAAAGUCAAGCUGGCUUUGCAGGCCCAGCCGGUGCCAGAUGAGCUGGUGACGAAGCUACUAGGGAACCAGGCGACGUUCAGCCCCAUUGUGACGGUGGAGCCUCGCCGCAGGAAAUUCCACCGCCCCAUUGGGCUGCGUGUCCCGCUGCCUCCCUCCUGGAGAGAGAACCCCCGGGACAGCGGAGAGGGCGAUACCACCAGCCUCCGGCUUCUCUGCAGCGUCAUAGGAGGAACAGCCCCAGCGCAGUGGGAGGACAUCACCGGGACCACCAAACUCGUCUAUGCCAACGAGUGUGCAAACUUCACCACCAAUGUAUCUGCCAGGUUCUGGUUGGCAGAUUGCCCGCGCACCGCCGAAGCCGUCCAUUUUGCCACCCUGCUGUACAAAGACCUGGCCGCCGUGCCCUACAUGGCCAAAUUUGUUGUGUUUGCGAAGAUGAAUGACGGGCGGGAAGGCCGCCUGCGCUGCUACUGCAUGACGGACGACAAGGUGGACAAGACCCUGGAGCAGCACGAGAACUUCACCGAAGUCGCACGCAGCCGGGACAUUGAGGUGGUGGAAGGGAUGCCGCUCCAUACGGAGCUGUCCGGGAACCUGGUGCCGAUCAAGAAGGCCGCCCAGCAGCGCAGCUUCCUGUUCCAGUCAUUCCAUGAGAACCGUCUCAUUAUCCCAGUUAAGGUACGAGACAGCAGCCGGGAAGCAAGUGGCUCGUUGUCCUUCCUACGCAAACCCAUGAAAUACGAGGAGCUUCAGCAUGUUCUUUGCCACCUGAACAUCACCAUGCCACCUUGCUCCAAGAGUUCUGGAAGCGAGGAGCGAAGGAGAACGUUGACGCCGCUGGCCCUUCGCGAGAGAUACAGCCUCCUCAGCGACAGCACUUUGGGCUCAGUCAGCAGCACCGAGAAGGACAGGACUGACAUGAAAAUGGCUGUCAUUGCGGAACAUCUGGGCCUCAGUUGGGCUGAAUUAGCCCGGGAGCUUCAGUUUGGUGUGGACGACAUCAACAGGAUCCGUGUGGAGAACCCCAACUCCCUUCUGGAGCAGAGCAUGGCGUUGCUGAACCUCUGGACCAGUCGUGGGGGACAAAGUGCCAACAUGGAGAACCUCUAUACGGCCCUCCGCAACAUUGACCGCAGCGAGAUCAUCAACAUGUUGGAAGGCUCCGCGCGGCAGAGCCGGAGCCUGAAGGGUGACAAGCGCUACUCGAACCGAGAUUAUUCCCUCUCGCCCUCCCAGAUGAAUGUUGUCCGAGCGCUUUUGCUGCGCUGACCAAAUGCAUGACGUGCGCGCGGCUCGACUUGGCAUGCCUUUUCUGUGUCACCACUUUGGCCUUUUGCUGCUUCCCUUCUCCCGGCUUCCCUUCCUUGCCUCACAGAUGCUUUGCAGGCCCCAAGCCUGCCAAACCCUGAGCCCCGCUGGCGGAAAGGCCGUCCCAAGCAUUGCUGAGCAGGCAACGUCCAACUCUCAAAGGGCUGCAUGGAGCAAAGUCAUGGGGGAGCUUUGAAAUACAUACCCAUGGCUAUUGUUAGUGGGUUUUUUAUACUGUGCUAUCUGUGCACAUAAUGGUUAAUAGAGUUCCUAUGAUUUUUUUUAAUCGUGUCAGAAGCUACUUGAGAAUAUACUCGUGUGAGAGAAUUGGCCGUCUACAGAGAUGUUGCCCAGGGAAUGCCCAGAUGGGAGGUGUCUCUCAUGUCCCCGCAAGCUAGAGCUGACAGACGGGAGCUCACCCCCGUCUCACACUUUCGAACCGACAACCAACAGUCGAACCGGCACAAGGGUUUAACCCAUUACACCACUGCAGCUCCUAUGAGUAAACAGGUUUGAAGGAGCUGCCAGUCUAAAUGUUGGUGAACGGAUCAAAGGAAAGUGGCAAAUGUAGCCAAGCCAUGGAUUGUUGAAAGUAUUUAGUACUUAGGCUUGAUUCUAAUUUGGUAUCGAUGAAGGGAAUCUGGAAAUGCAUUAUUUUCUGGCAAUAUUUUUAGAUCAGGCCUGCACAACAGGAUAUGACCCACAUUUGGAGUUGGUGCAGUCCACAGUGAGAGAGACGAAGCACACAACAGCAACAAUCCCAAAUAUUUAUUUAUUUAUUUAUUUAUUUACAGUAUUUAUAUUCCACCCUUCUCACCCCGAAGGGGACUCAGGGUGGAUUACAGUGAAUACAUAUAUAUGGCAAACAUUCAAUGCCAACAGACAAUCAACAUACAUUAGACAGACUCGGAGGCAUUUUUAACAUUUUUCCAGCUUCACGAUUCCGGCCACAGGAGGAGCUGUUGCUUCACCGUCCAGUAGUGGCUGUACUUCCUCAUUCCUUUCCUCGUGUUUUGCUGGCAGUUUUAUGAUGUUGUAAAUUAGUUAAAUUAGCCUCCCGCAUAAAGCGUCCCUAAAUUUCCCUAAUUGACAGGUGCAACUGUCUUUCGGGGCUGCAUAGGUCAACAGCAAGCCGGGGCUAUUAAUGGUCGGAGGCUUAACCCGACCCGGGCUUCGAACUCACGACUUCUCGGUCAGUAGUGAUUUAUAGCAGCUGGUUACUAGCCAGCUGUGCCACAGCCCGGCCCCAAAUAACAAUUAAUAAUCUCUUUACUUGGAAAGUGUAGUGCUAAAAACCUAUCUGCGGCCUGAAGAGGUUUGGCAUAUUUAAUUUAGUCCCCUUAGUACUUCCAAGUUGUACAGGCCUGCUUUAGAUCAACCGUUUAUUUAUUUAUUUGCAAUAUUAUUAUUAUUAUUAUUAUUAUUAUUAUUAUUAUUAUUAUUAUGUUUAUCUUCCGCCCUUCUCACCCCGAAUGGGACUCAGAGUGGAUCACAGAACAAGUAUACGGCAAACAUUCAAUGCCGAUUAUGGCAAUGACAAGACAGACAACAGAUAGAGGUAUAUAUAGGCUUUCUCAUCUUUCGGCAUCUUUUGGAGGCUGUGCUUAGUUCCGGCCACUGGAGGGUGCUGUUGCUCCAUCUCCCCAUUGAAGAGCUUUCUUGAUUUUGAUUGAAAAGCCAAACCUAAAAUACCUCCCCACUUAAUGCGGUUCUUAUUUAUCUACUCGCAUUAGUUUUUUGACCUGCUAGGUAGACAGAAGCUGAGCUAAACGUCAGGAGCUCACCCUGACCCGGUUUUCGAACUGUCAACCUUCUGGUCAGCAAGGUUUAUUGCCGCUUGGUGAUUAACCUGCUAUACUAAAGCCCAGCCCUAUCAAUCCCUUAAUGUUCAAAUGUAGACGAGAGCAAUACAUGCAUACCCACCUCCAUGGAGAUUCGUCCUUUCAACAAAAGCUCCUGCUUUGAUUGAUGGGUCUAUAUUUCUUUGGAGGAAAAUCAAAACCUGAACGAAAGAAAACAAGCUUCCAAUGAAACAAAUAGAUUGAAUGAGCUUGAAGUCUUUAAUACUGAAAAGGAAAAAAAUGAAUGUGUAGCAGCCAACACUUCAAAUCAGAGUUAUCCUUCGAGACUGACAAAAAAACAUCUGCACAAAACAUGUACAGAACUUUGAUUUCUAUCCUGCUUUAAUAUACAAACAGUUGGGCCUCCAUAUCCACAAAAUUUGUAUCUGUGGAUUCAGCCGUCCAUGGCUUGGAAAUAUUUUUUUAACAAUCCAAAAGGCAAACCUUAGUUUUUGCCGUUUUAUACAAAAGACAGCAUUUACUAUGUCAGUGUACAUAAUGGGACUUGAGCAUCCAUGGAUUUUGGUACCCACGCUUUAUCCUGGAACCAAACCCCAACAGAUACCAAGAACCCACUGUAAAUACAUUUAACCGGUUUCCAGUUUUUAAAAAUAUCUUGAUAGGCUGCAUAGGUUGACUCUUUGUGCUAUUAAAGACUUGAAAGAAGCUCUCGUACAAGAGGCUUAAAGUUGUUGCUUGUUCCUUUUUGUUGAAAUCGAUUUUGCAUUGCAAAUGGAAAAAAACCCCACAUUGGCCAGAAUGCUUAUUUGCAAUGCAAAUGCCUUUCCUCCACUUGAUCUUCCAUGUUUUUGACAGACAGAUAUAAAUCGAACAAGUGUGAGAGAGAAGUGUCCAUGCCAUUUGAGCCUCAUGUAUGAAAGCAGACCACUCUGUGGCAUUUGUUUCAUGAUUGGGUUUUCUUUGUAGUUCCCUCCGGCUUUCUGCUCCUAAAAAGGGUCCAUGGCACCAUUGGGGGGCAUUAUUAAGGACCCAUUUACCUGGGCCAAGUGCCACAUUGGUCAAGCACAUUGCUCAGUCUCCUUCUUUCUGAUGUUCCUCAGAAAGUAUCUGAGAUGUCAAAACUAAUUGGAAAUGUAGUGCCUCACUUAGUAAAUUUGUAAUGUGCAACGCCGUGUUCCCCAACCCAUUUACCUGGGCCAAGUGUCACAUCGGUCAAGCACAUUGCUAGAUCUCCCUCUUUUUGAUGCUCCUCAGAAAGUAUCUGAGACGUCAAGACUAAUUGGGAAUGUAGUGCAUCACUUAGUAAAUUUGUAGCGUGCAGAGCCAUGUUCCCAACCCAUUUGCCAAGUGUAACAUCAGUCAAGCACAUUGCUAGAUCUCCCUCUUUUUGAUGCUCCUCAGAAAGUAUCUGAGAUGCCAGGACUAAUUGGGAACGUAGUGACUCAGUAAAUUUGUAGUGUGCAACGCUGUGUUCCCCAACCCAUUUACCUGGGUCAAGUGCCACAUCGGUCAAACACAUUGCUAAAUCUCCCUCUUUUUGAUGCUCCUCAGAAAGUAUCUGAGAUGACUAAUUGGGAAUGUAGUGCCUCACUUAGUAAAUUUGUAGUGUGCAAAUCCAUGUUCCCAACCCAUUUACCUGGGCCAAGUGUCACAUUGGUCAAGCACAUUGCUAAAUAUUCAUCUUUCUGAUGCUCCUCAGAAAGUAUCUGAGAUGCCAUAACUAAUUGGGAAUGUAGAGCCUCACUUAGUAAAUUUGUAGUGUGCAACGCCAUGUUCCCCAACCCAUUUACCUGGGCCAAGUGUCACAUCGGUCAAGCACAUUACUAGAUCUCCCUCUUUCUGAUGCUCCUCAGAAAGUAUCUGAGAUGCAAGGACUAAUUGGGAAUGUAGUGCAUCACUUAGUAAAUCUGUAGUGUGCAGAGCCGUGUUCCCAAUGCAUUUACCUGGGCAAAGUGUCACAUCGGUCAAGCACAUUGCUAGAUCUUCAUCUUUCUGAUGCUCCUCAGAAAGUAUAUUGAGAUGCCAAGACUAAUUGGGAACAUAGUGCAUUACUUAGUAAAUUUGUAGUGUGCGGAUCUAUGUUCCCAACCCAUUUACCUGGGCCAAGUGUCACAUUGGUCAAGCACAUUGCUAAAUCUCGAUCUUUCUGAAGCUCCUCAGAAAGUAUCUGAGAUUUAUUUAUGUAUGUAUUUAUUUAUUUACAUCAUUUACAUUCCGCCCUUCUCAGCCCGAAGGGGACUCAGGGCGGAUCACAUUACACAUAUAGGCAAACAUUCAAUGCCUUUUAACAUAGAACAAAGACAAGACAAACAUAGGCUCUGAGCGGGCCUUGAACUCAUGACCUCCUGGUCAGAGUGAUUCAUUGCAGUGAUUAAUUGCAGCUGCUCUCCAGCCUGCGCCACAGCCCGAGCUGAGAUACCAGGACUAAUUGGGAAUGUAGGUGCAUCACUUAGUAAAUUUGUAGUUUGAAGAGCCGUGUUCCCCAACUAACCAUCACGCAGUAACUCCUAGGGUUCUUGACCAUUGCCAAUGCUUGGGCUUGGGCCAAUGGGAAUCGAACUUUAAGCCACAUCUGGAGGAUGCCCAGUGAGCAUAGAAGGCUAGAGGGACACAACUUUAUGGUUUCCAUAGGAAUGACGAUCUGGCAGAACUGCCAAAAAAGGCACGGAAAAGCAUUCCCCUCUCCUGCCAUCUCACUGCUGGUGCAAGCUCUGUUUGUCCGGGUUGUUCCCCACUCAGACUCUUGGGUCCAGGGAAUGCUAGCGAAGUGCACCGGGAUCGGGGCCCGUUGGCUCGGCAAGGCGUGGGUCCGGUUCCGCAGAGGCCAGGCCUGUGCCGGCGGCCGCUGGGUUUUGUCAGCCUGUUGCCUCUGUCUGCC